AUUCACUACUCUAAGUAACUCAACCAAACAUAACCCCUAAAAAAGCCCAAAGACCAACACAAAGAAACCCUAAUAAACCAUUUGUAAUUCGCAUCGCUUCACUCUGUGAACGAACCUCACGCAGUCGGCCAUCGAUCAACACUGUCGCGGAAGUAAGUCGACUCAGAGAGCAAAGAUGAGCAAAGGCGCGGCGGCCGGGGGAGCCAAGGGCGGAAAGAAGAAGGGGGUGAGCUUCGUGAUCGACUGCUCGAAGCCGGUGGAGGACAAGAUCAUGGAGAUUGCCUCGCUCGAGAAGUUCUUGCAGGAGAGGAUCAAGGUCGGCGGCAAGCCCGGCGCCCUCGGAGAUUCCGUCACCGUCACGCGCGAGAAGAACAAGAUCACUGUCACUGCUGAUGCUACCUUCUCCAAGAGGUAUCUCAAGUAUUUGACAAAGAAAUACUUGAAGAAGCACAAUGUGAGAGAUUGGCUUAGAGUGAUUGCUUCAAACAAAGAGAGGAACGUGUAUGAACUGCGUUACUUCAACAUUGCCGAGCAAGAGGGAGAGGAAGAAGACUAAAUUUACAAAUCUGUUUCUUGUUAUUCUUUUACUUUAUCCAACAUUUGUUAGACCAUUGCAUUUUGGGAUCAAUUUUAUGUUGUUUGUUUUGUUGACAUUGAAUUUCAGGACUUCCUGCUUAGAUGAGCUUGAAUUUGAGGGAAUUCGGUGCUUCGUGUUGCUGCUUAUUUUAUAUGAUAUAGUGCUAUAGCAAAUAUAUCUUGUUUGAGCAGCAGGUGCGAGUGGUAUAUCUUUGAUAUCCUGCUUGGUGUUUUUCUUUAAAAUCUUCAUGGAACAUGGAUGUUCAGAACUUCAUAUGUUGGUAAUUUUGCUGAUGGUGCUUGUAUAGUAAAAGCAAA